UCAAGGCACAGAUCUCAACAUACGGAGUAAAGGGACGCUACGGCGCAUGCUCAGAACGCGAAGGCAGCGGCGGCGAGGAGGAGGCGGCGGCGGGGGAAAAUGGCGGACAGCAAGGCAGGCGAGGUGAAGCUGAAACGACCGCGGCUUGACGAAGGACCUGAAGAAGAGGCAGAAAAACCUGUGAAAACUAAGACUGUUUCUUCCAGUAAUGGAGGGGAAAGCUCCAGUCGCAGCGUGGAGAAGCAGGCACCUGAGGAAGAAGCUGAAGACUUCUCAACAAAGCCAGCUCCAGCCAAAAUGUCCAAGGUUGGAUUUGCAAUUGGCACACAGGUUGCAAAAAAACCACCUGCAAUAUCCAUCAAACUUGGAGCAAAUAAACCUAAAGAGCCUACUCCCAACCUAGCUGCAAAACCAAUUUCUGUAGCAGCAAUCUUCAAUGAAGAUGAUGAUAGUGAACCUGAAGAGAUGCCCCCAGAAGCUAAAAUGCGUAUGAAGAACAUUGGAAGGGAUACUCCAACUUCAGCAGGACCAAAUUCUUUCAACAAAGGAAAGCAUGGAUUUUCGGACAACCAGAAGCUAUGGGAAAGGAACAUGAAAUCCCACCUUGGAAAUGUCCGUGAACAAGAAGAUUAGUUCUGUACUAAGAUCUAGGGUGUUGGGGAAACAGGAGGGUAUGAUAUUAAAGGAACAGUUUCCUUUUUUAGAGUGGUCUAAGGCUAUUUUGGGUGCACAAAAUGAGUUUAAAAGUAGAGGUAAUUUAUGUUUUGUAUACAGAUUUCAAAGCAUUUGCUAAUUUUGUAGCUUUGUGCAUUUAAUUUCACAAGGUUAUGGAAAAUAAAGACAUUGGAAGUGGUACCUUUUAAAAGAAUUUUCUUUUUACAACUAUUCUUAUAUGAAGACAGAGAAAAGGUUACUGUCUCUUUAAUCAGUUUAAGUUAAAUGCUGCUGCACUCAACUUUCCAGCUCCUCUUCUGUAAUAAAUGAGUUGCUUAUCUCCUUAAAGCUAUUUUCUUAGAGGGAGAACACUGUGUAUAAGUCAAGUCUUACUAGACUACUUCCGAUUCUAAUCUGCAUACAAUCUGUAAACUAGAGUACUGUAAAAUCAUUUAGUACAUUCAAACAUAACCUAAAAACUUCUGGAUGUGGUAUUUUAGCUCUAUAAUUCUGUUUUCAAACUAUGUAAACUCUGUAGCUUGUUUCACUCCUAGAGAUGGGUCUUGCAUAUGUAUCAAUAUUAGAAAAGAGCAAAAAAUAAUAACAAAAGGUAAAUCAGUAUUUUUGAUGUUUUUGUAAUCAAGAGUCCGUCUUGAUGAAUGUUUGUUAGUGUUCUUUUGUCAGUUUGCAACAGAUUCAUGCAGUAAUCAUCAGCACGCAAAGAAAUUACCAAAAGAAUAACUUUCCAUAUUCUACUUUAGUUUCGCUAUCCUCUGUAACCCUUUAAGGGGAAUAGAAGCUGCACACAAGUAGACCUGUAGUUGAUUGCUGAAGUGCAAAAAUUAGAAAUGUGCUUCCAUAUAUUGAUAGUUUGAAACUUUACUUUGAAUGCUAGCAGAAACUUUUCCUUAUAUUUUUAAUUAAGAUACUAUCAAAUUGAAAGACAACCAUUUAAUCCACAUUAGUAUUGCUGUUUAUUAAAUAGAGUUAGAAUGUGAGUAAUAUUACAUCUUUAACGCUGUUUUAUUCUUAUUGCUGAAACACUAUCAACACUAUCCUUUUUUAAAAGUAAAGUUUUAUGGCAGAGGGUAUUAAAGCUGUUCGUUCUCAUCUACCUUCAGUCUUAAACACAUAACGUCUUUUAGCAGGAUUUAGUUUGUCUUGGCACCAAUAGCCACUAUUGCCACAUCUAGUGGAAAUAAACACAUCUAAAAUAUUAUAUGGGUCUACAUUACUUGAUGGUAUUUGAUAAAACUGCAGCUUAUAGAUUUGGCUUGAACCUUAUGAAUAUAUUCAAGGUAACUGACAUCUUUCAUUGUGCUAAGGUUUAGUGUAGCUGAAGACAAAUAGGCCUAGAGACAGCAUGAUGAUAAAAGAAUGAAAUGCUCCAAUAGCAUAAUUGAGCUGAAUGUCGCUGUUACACAGGUGUAGCACAAGAGACAGAACACAUGUGUGAUUUGCAUUGGACAGUGAAAAACUACUGGAUCCCUCCCUUGUGGUAACCCAACAAAUAUAGAUUAAUGAAAUUGUUGGAUUAAGACCAUUGCAUCCAAAUUUUCUUCUUGCAUUUUAGAUUAUUCCAAUAUGUAGAGCUUUGUGUUUUAAGUUCUAAACAUUUUUGUAUUUUUAUAUUUGUAUGCAAUUUUUGUUUGGAGUUAAAAGCCUAUUAUAUUUUCUCUUUGUUAUAAACAUAAAUGUAAAUGCGAUUUCUCUUUAGCUGCAGUUAUUCAACUACAUGUGAAAGUUCAAGACUUUUGGGGGGAAAGGUAUUCUGAAGUCUGUUUGGCUCCCUGUAACUGAAACUAAUGGCAAAAACCCUUAACAGAAUUUUAUUUAAGCAGGCAUAGAAGAAAACAUUUUAGUCUAUUAGUGCCUUCCUGAAAAAAACCUUUUUGGUGUGUAACCAGUUCUCUGGGAUUUUUCAGUUUUGGGCACUUAAUUUGUCCUGUGCUCUCUCUGCUGUUAUGUGUACCUUGUAAUUUGGGCCUAAAAUUACAAAUCUCUUGAAGUUUCAUAAUUGUAAUCAUAAGUAUAGGGAAGAGUUUUGAGUAUUUUCCAUGAUUCAUUUCAAGUUAGGGAAGAAAAAAAUUGGGAAUCAAAGGAUGUAACUAUUUAUUGAGCUUUGCCUGUGUUAAUGUUGUACAAGAUGAAUUCUAGCUACUGGGACUUGUAUUUUAAAUAUAAAAAUUUGGCAAGUAAAACUAGA